CGAUGAGCUUAGCUUUGCACUUCCAUCGGCCAAAGCCAAGAGUCAAGCAGCGUGAUGAUGAGCGAAGACGAUGAGACGAUGGUCUUAGCUACCGUGAUGCAACUGCGAAUGGACAUAUUUGACUCAAGUCCUAAAAUGAUUAAAGUUACCAGUAAAAACUAUGAUGUAGCUGCUCGUGUAGCUGAAGUCCUCCAAGCACAUCACAAUUAUGCGCAACAAGGUUUGGUGGAAACUGAUUUCGAUAUGGAUACCUACACUUUCACUUAUUUGGAUGAAUCUCAACGAGAACGAUCAAAUGUCAAUUCUUGGAUGCCAGAUCUCACAAAAUUCUCAGACGCAGCUUUAAGACGAUUGAAUGAUUCUAUUGAUGCCGAGAUCGUAGCUCAUGCCAACAAUCUUCGUGAAGAACGGGAAAUUAGGAAAGGCGAGGCAAAGGAUCUCAUUGUGAAACUGCAAGAAACAUAUCCUGAUCUGGAUUUAAAUGCUGUGACGAUUGAAUCUGUUGCAGAGGAGGAGGAUGACACUUCCCCUGCUACACCAUUACGUCAGGACAGCACAAUCGAUGAUAGUGGAAUUACAGAAAUUGCUCAAAGUGUACCGUCAAAGACGAUGAAUGGGAGCACACCAGCAAAUCUUAGCUCCCAUUUCAAAAGAGUAGGAUUUACCAACUCACCGGAAACAGACUCGCAAUACAUCUAUCCCGCUUUACCAAGAGAGCACAGAAAGCGCAAACAUGCUAUGGAGGAGACGGAAGCGACAGAGGACAAUAUUGGAGCAAAACGGCUUCGACGACUGUAGCAGAUUCUUCUCAUGCGGCGAGAAAGAGGACAAGACAAGGCUUUUCUAGCACCUUUUCAUCUCGUC